AUGACAACAACAGAAAUCUGUCCACGUCCCCCUGCCCCACGUCCCCCUGCCCCUUCUGUCCACGUCCCCCUGCCCCUUCUGUCCACGUCCCCCUGCCCCUUCUGUCCACGUCCCCCUGCCCCUUCUGUCCACGUCCCCCUGCCCCUUCUGUCCACGUCCCCCUGCCCUUCUGUCCACGUCCCCCUGCCCCUUCUGUCCACGUCCCCCUGCCCCUUCUGUCCACGUCCCCCUGCCCCUUCUGUCCACGUCCCCCUGCCCCUUCUGUCCACGUCCCCCUGCCCCUUCUGUCCACGUCCCCCUGCCCCUUCUGUCCACGUCCCCCUGCCCCUUCUGUCCACGUCCCCCUGCCCCUUCUGUCCACGUCCCCCUGCCCCUUCUGUCCACGUCCCCCUGCCCCUUCUGUCCACGUCCCCCCCUGCCCCUUCUGUCCACGUCCCCCUGCCCCUUCUGUUCACGUCCCCUGCCCCUUCUGUCCACGUCCCCCUGCCCCUUCUGUCCACGUCCCCGUCCCCUGCCCCUUCUGUCCACGUCCCCCUGCCCCUUCUGUCCACGUCCCCCUGCCCCUUCUGUCCACGUCCCCCUGCCCCUUCUGUCCACGUCCCCCUGCCCCUUCUGUCCACGUCCCCCUGCCCCUUCUGUCCACGUCCCCCUGCCCCUUCUGUCCACGUCCCCCUGCCCCUUCUGUCCACGUCCCCCCUGCCCCUUCUGUCCACGUCCCCCUGCCCCUUCUGUCCACGUCCCCCUGCCCCUUCUGUCCACGUCCCCCUGCCCCUUCUGUCCACGUCCCCCUGCCCCUUCUGUCCACGUCCCCCUGCCCCUUCUGUCCACGUCCCCCUGCCCCUUCUGUCCACGUCCCCCUGCCCCUUCUGUCCACGUCCCCCCCUGCCCCUUCUGUCCACGUCCCCCUGCCCCUUCUGUCCACGUCCCCCUGCCCCUUCUGUCCACGUCCCCCUGCCCCUUCUGUCCACGUCCCCUGCCCUUCUGUCCACGUCCCCUGCCCCUUCUGUCCACGUCCCCCUGCCCCUUCUGUUCCCGUCCCCCUGCCCCUUCUGUCCACGUCCCCCUGCCCCUUCUGUCCACGUCCCCCUGCCCCUUCUGUCCACGUCCCCCUGCCCCUUCUGUCCACGUCCCCCUGCCCCUUCUGUCCACGUCCCCCUGCCCCUUCUGUCCACGUCCCCUGCCCCUUCUGUCCACGUCCCCCUGCCCUUCUGUCCACGUCCCCCCCUGCCCCUUCUGUCCACGUCCCCCUGCCCCUUCUGUCCACGUCCCCCUGCCCCUUCUGUCCACGUCCCCCUGCCCCUUCUGUCCACGUCCCCCUGCCCCUUCUGUCCCACGUCCCCCUGCCCCUUCUGUCCACGUCCCCCUGCCCCUUCUGUCCACGUCCCCCUGCCCCUUCUGUCCACGUCCCCCUGCCCCUUCUGUCCACGUCCCCCUGCCCCUUCUGUCCACGUCCCCCUGCCCUUCUGUCCACGUCCCCCUGCCCCUUCUGUCCACGUCCCCCUGCCCCUUCUGUCCACGUCCCCCUGCCCCUUCUGUCCACGUCCCCCUGCCCCUUCUGUCCACGUCCCCCUGCCCCUUCUGUCCACGUCCCCCUGCCCCUUCUGUCCACGUCCCCCUGCCCUUCUGUCCACGUCCCCCUGCCCCUUCUGUCCACGUCCCCCUGCCCCUUCUGUCCACGUCCCCCUGCCCCUUCUGUCCACGUCCCCUGCCCCUUCUGUCCACGUCCCCUGCCCUUCUGUCCACGUCCCCUGCCCCUUCUGUCCACGUCCCCUGCCCCUUCUGUCCACGCCCCCCUGCCCCUUCUGUCCACGUCCCCUGCCCCUUCUGUCCACGUCCCCCUGCCCCUUCUGUCCACGCUCCCCUGCCCCUUCUGUCCACGUCCCCUGCCCGCCCCUGUCCACGUCCCCCCUGCCCCUUCUGUCCACGUCCCCCUGCCCCUUCUGUCCACGUCCCCCUGCCCCUUCUGUCCACGUCCCCCUGCCCCUUCUGUCCACGUCCCCUGCCCCUUCUGUCCACGUCCCCUGCCCCUUCUGUCCACGUCCCCCUGCCCCUUCUGUCCACGUCCCCUGCCCCUUCUGUCCACGUCCCCUGCCCCUUCUGUCCACGUCCCCCUGCCCCUUCUGUCCACGUCCCCCUGCCCCUUCUGUUCACGUCCCCCUGCCCCUUCUGUCCACGUCCCCCUGCCCCUUCUGUCCACGUCCCCCGCCCCUUCUGUCCACGUCCCCCUGCCCCUUCUGUCCACGUCCCCCUGCCCCUUCUGUCCACGUCCCCCUGCCCCUUCUGUCCACGUCCCCCUGCUCCUUCUGUCCACGUCCCCCUGCCCCUUCUGUCCACGUCCCCCUGCCCCUUCUGUCCACGUCCCCCUGCCCCUUCUGUCCACGUCCCCUGCCCCUUCUGUCCACGUCCCCCUGCCCCUUCUGUCCACGUCCCCCUGCCCCUUCUGUCCACGUCCCCCUGCCCUUCUGUCCACGUCCCCCUGCCCCUUCUGUCCACGUCCCCCUGCCCCUUCUGUCCACGUCCCCCUGCCCCUUCUGUCCACGUCCCCCUGCCCCUUCUGUCCACGUCCCCCUGCCCCUUCUGUCCACGUCCCCCUGCCCCUUCCAGUCCCCUGUCCACUGUCCCCCCCCUGCCCCUUCUGUCCACGUCCCCCUGCCCCUUCUGUCCACGUCCCCCUGCCCCUUCUGCACGUCCCCUGUCCUUCUGUCCCCCUGCCCCUUCUGUCCACGUCCCCCUGCCCCUUCUGUCCACGUCCCCCUGCCCCUUCUGUCCACGUCCCCCUGCCCCUUCUGUCCACGUCCCCCUCUGCCCCUUCUGUCCACGUCCCCCUGCCCCUUCUGUCCACGUCCCCUUGCCCCUUCUGUCCACGUCCCCUGCCCCUUCUGUCCACGUCCCCCUGCCCCUUCUGUCCACGUCCCCCUGCCCCUUCUGUCCACGUCCCCCUGCCCCUUCUGUCCACGUCCCCCUGCCCCUUCUGUCCACGUCCCCCCCUGCCCCCUGUUCCACGUCCCCCUGCCCCUUCUGUCCACGUCCCCCUGCCCCUUCUGUCCACGUCCCCUGCCCCUUCUGUCCACGUCCCCUUGCCCCUUCUGUCCACGUCCCCCUGCCCCUUCUGUCCACGUCCCCUGCCCCUUCUGUCCACGUCCCCUGCCCCUUCUGUCCACGUCCCCCUGCCCCUUCUGUCCACGUCCCCCUGCCCCUUCUGUCCACGUCCCCCUGCCCCUUCUGUCCACGUCCCCUGCCCCUUCUGUCCACGUCCCCUGCCCCUUCUGUCCACGUCCCCUGCCCCUUCUGUCCACGUCCCCCUGCCCCUUCUGUCCACGUCCCCUGCCCCUUCUGUCCACGUCCCCUGCCCUUCUGUCCACGUCCCCUCCUGUCACGCCCCUUCUGUCCACGUCCCCUGCCCCUUCUGUCCACGUCCCCUGCCCUUCUGUCACGUCCCCUUCUGUCCACGUCCCCUUGCCCCUUCUGUCCACGUCCCCUGCCCCUUCUGUCCACGUCCCCUGCUCCUUCUGUCCACGUCCCCCUGCUCCUUCUGUUCCCGUCCCCCUGCCCCUUCUGUCCACGUCCCCCUGCCCCUUCUGUCCACGUCCCCAGCCCCUUCUGUCCACGUCCCCCGCCCCUUCUGUUCACGUCCCCCUGCCCCUUCUGUCCACGUCCCCUGCUCCUUCUGUCCACGUCCCCCUGCCCCUUCUGUCCACGUCCCCCUGCCCCUUCUGUCCACGUCCCCCUGCCCCUUCUGUCCACGUCCCCCUGCCCUUCUGUCCACGUCCCCCUGCCCCUUCUGUCCACGUCCCCCUGCCCCUUCUGUCCACGUCCCCCUGCCCCUUCUGUCCACGUCCCCCUGCCCUUCUGUCCACGUCCCCCUGCCCCUUCUGUCCACGUCCCCCCCCUUCUGUCACCCCUUCUGUCCACGUCCCCCUGCCCCUUCUGUCCACGUCCCCCUGCCCCUUCUGUCCAGGUCCCCCUGCCCCUUCUGUCCACGUCCCCCUGCCCCUUCUGUCCACGUCCCCCUGCUCGUUCUGUCCACGUCCCCCUGCCCCUUCUGUCCACGUCCCCCUGCCCCUUCUGUCCACGUCCCCCUGCCCCUUCUGUCCACGCUCCCCCUGCCCUUCUGUCCCCGUCCCCCUGCCAGUCCCCUCUGUCCACGUCCCCCUGCCCCUUCUGUCCACGUCCCCCUGCCCCUUCUGUCCACGUCCCCCUGCCCCUUCUGUCCACGUCCCCCUGCCCCUUCUGUCCAGGUCCCCCUGCCCCUUCUGUCCAGGUCCCCCUGCCCCUUCUGUCCACGUCCCCCUGCCCCUUCUGUCCACGUCCCCCUGCCCCUUCUGUCCACGUCCCCCUGCCCCUUCUGUCCACGUCCCCCUGCCCUUCUGUGCACGUCCCCCUGCCCCUUCUGUCCACGUCCCCCUGCCCCUUCUGUCCACGUCCCCCUGCCCCUUCUGUCCACGUCCCCUGCCCCUUCUGUCCACGUCCCCCUGCCCCUUCUGUCCACGUCCCCUGCCCCUUCUGUCCACGUCCCCUGCCCCUUCUGUCCACGUCCCCCUGCCCCUUCUGUCCACGUCCCCCUGCCCCUUCUGUCCACGUCCCCCUGCCCCUUCUGUCCACGUCCCCCUGCCCCUUCUGUCCACGUCCCCCUGCCCCUUCUGUCCACGUCCCCCUGCCCCUUCUGUCCACGUCCCCCUCUGCCCCUUCUGUCCACGUCCCCUUGCCCCUUCUGUCCACGUCCCCUGCCCCUUCUGUCCACGUCCCCUGCCCCUUCUGUCCACGUCCCCUGCCCUUCUGUCCACUCCCCUGCCCCUUCUGUCCAGUCCCCCUCUGGCCCCUUCUGUCCACGUCCCCCUGCCCCUUCUGUCCACGUCCCCCUGCCCCUUCUGUCCACGUCCCCUGCCCCUUCUGUCCACGUCCCCCUGCCCCUUCUGUCCACGUCCCCUUGCCCCUUCUGUCCACGUCCCCCUGCCCCUUCUGUCCACGUCCCCCUGCCCCUUCUGUCCACGUCCCCCUGCCCCUUCUGUCCACGUCCCCCCCCGUGCCCCUUCUGUCCACGUCCCCAGCCCCUUCUGUUCACGUCCCCCGCCCCUUCUGUCCACGUCCCCCUGCCCCUUCUGUCCACGUCCCCUGCUCCUUCUGUCCACGUCCCCCUGCUCCUUCUGUCCACGUCCCCCUGCCCCUUCUGUCCACGCUCCCCAGCCCCUUCUGUUCACGUCCCCUUGCCCCUUCUGUCCACGUCCCCCUGCCCCUUCUGGUCCACGUCCCCCUGCCCCUUCUGUCCACGCUCCCCUGCCCCUUCUGUCCACGUCCCCCGCCCCUUCUGUCCACGUCCCCCUGCCCCUUCUGUCCACGUCCCCCUGCCCCUUCUGUCCACGCCCCCUGCCCUUCUGUCCACGUCCCCUGCCCCUUCUGUCCAGGUCCCCCUGCCCCUUCUGUCCACGUCCCCCUGCCCCUUCUGUUCACGUCCCCCUGCCCCUUCUGUCCACGUCCCCCUGCCCCUUCUGUCCACGUCCCCCUGCCCCUUCUGUCCAGGUCCCCCUGCCCCUUCUGUCCAGGUCCCCCUGCCCCUUCUGUCCAGGUCCCCCUGCCCCUUCUGUCCACGCCCCCCUGCCCCUUCUGUCCACGUCCCCCUGCCCCUUCUGUCCACGUCCCCCUGCUCCUUCUGUCCACGUCCCCCUGCCCCUUCUGUCCACGUCCCCCUGCCCCUUCUGUCCACGUCCCCUGCCCCUUCUGUCCACGUCCCCCUUCCCCUUCUGUCCACGUCCCCCUGCUCCUUCUGUCCACGUCCCCUUGCCCCUUCUGUCCACGUCCCCCCCCCUUCUGUCCACGUCCCCCCGCCCCUUCUGUCCACGUCCCCCCUGCCCCUUCUGUCCACGUCCCCCUGCUCCUUCUGUCCACGUCCCCUGCCCUUCUGUCCACGUCCCCGCCCCUUCUGUCCACGUCCCCCGCCCCUUCUGUCCACGUCCCCCCUGCCCCUUCUGUCCACGUCCCCCUGCCCCUUCUGUCCACGUCCCCCUGCCCCUUCUGUCCACGUCCCCCCUGCCCCUUCUGUCCACGUCCCCUUGCCCCUUCUGUCCACGUCCCCCUGCUCCUUCUGUCCACGUCCCCUGCCCCUUCUGUCCACGUCCCCCUUCCCCUUCUGUCCACGUCCCCCUGCUCCUUCUGUCCACGUCCCCUGCCCCUUCUGUCCACGUCCCCCGCCCCUUCUGUCCACGUCCCCGUCCCCCCCCCCUUCUGUCCACGUCCCCCCGCCCCUUCUGUCCACGUCCCCCCUGCCCCUUCUGUCCACGUCCCCCUGCCCCUUCUGUCCACGUCCCCCUGCCCCUUCUGUCCACGUCCCCCUGCCCCUUCUGUCCACGUCCCCCUGCCCCUUCUGUCCACGUCCCCUGCCCUUCUGUCCACGUCCCCCUGCCCUUCUGUCCACGUCCCCUUGCCCCUUCUGUUCACGUCCCCCUGCCCCUUCUGUCCACGUCCCCCUGCUCCUUCUGUCCACGCCCCCCUGCCCCUUCUGUCCACGUCCCCCUGCUCCUUCUGUCCACGUCCCCCUGCCCCUUCUGUCCACGUCCCCCUGCUCCUUCUGUCCACGUCCCCUUGCCCCUUCUGUCCACGUCCCCCUGCCCCUUCUGUCCACGUCCCCCUGCCCCUUCUGUCCACGUCCCCCUGCUCCUUCUGUCCACGUCCCCCUGCCCCUUCUGUCCACGUCCCCCUGCCCCUUCUGUCCACGUCCCCCUGCUCCUUCUGUCCACGUCCCCCUGCUCCUUCUGUCCACGUCCCCUGCCCCUUCUGUCCACGUCCCCCGCCCCUUCUGUCCACGUCCCCCUGCUCCUUCUGUCCACGUCCCCCGCCCCUUCUGUCCACGUCCCCCCGCCCCUUCUGUCCACGUCCCCCUGCCCCUUCUGUCCACGUCCCCCGCCCCUUCUGUCCACGUCCCCCCCCCUUCUGUCCACGUUCUGUCCACGUCCCCCGCCCCUUCUGUCCACGUCCCCCGCCCCUUCUGUCCACGUCCCCCCUCUGUCCACGUCCCCCUGCCCCUUCUGUCCACGUCCCCCUGCCCCUUCUGUGCACGUCCCCCUGCUCCUUCUGUCCACGUCCCCCUGCUCCUUCUGUCCACGUCCCCCUGCCCCUUCUGUCCACGUCCCCCUGCUCCUUCUGUCCACGUCCCCCUGCCCCUUCUGUCCACGUCCCCCUGCCCCUUCUGUCCACGUCCCCUGCCCCUUCUGUCCACGUCCCCCUGCUCCUUCUGUCCACGUCCCCCUGCCCCUUCUGUCCACGUCCCCCUGCCCCUUCUGUCCACGUCCCCUGCCCCUUCUGUCCACGUCCCCCCGCCCCUUCUGUCCACGUCCCCUUGCCCCUUCUACCUAUGGACCAGUCCCACUCUGCACCCUGGACUCCUCUAGACCUAUGGACCAGUCCCAGUCUGCAUCCUGGACUCCUCUAGACCUAUGGACCAGUCCCAGUCUGCACCCUGGACUCCCCCUGGACCAAACACAGCCCUUACCUUGUUUCCUUCAAAGCGGCAGAACCCUGGAGCGCUGCUGUGUGCACCGAGAGGACAGAUGUGAGGAUCACAGGAGUUUGGGGAGCAGCACAUGCCCCACAUACAGCGUGUGGACUUCUCUUAUGAUUCUGAAGAGGGAACGAGGAGGCAACGAGACCACGGCGUCUGCACUGGGGCUGAGCUAA